AUGUUGAUUGACGACGAGUGGCUAGGCGUUAACCUUCAGGAUUAUCACCAGGACGCAGGGUUGCAUAGCGCUAUACACCCGUGUAAUCGGGAAGCGGUGAUAGGGCAACAGGUUAUCACGAAGGCAGAUGCGAACCGGGCAGCCGGAAUGGUGUUGAAUAGUGUUCCUCCACCCCUGGUGGUAGUGAGUGUCGGUCGUGAGGGCGCCGUCGAGGAACCGCCCCAGGAUCCGCGGAUGGACGUUAACCAACCAACGUCCCUCCCUCGAACUAGACGCCCCUGCACAAAACCGUGGGGAAUGCCAAUGGGGUGAUAGCCCGCCUCCCGCUAGUGGCCCAGGUACCGAAGUUAACGUUAUGGAACUCCGCCGUAAACCGCCAAUCCUAGUCAGCGCGUUCUACCGCGAGGUCCCGCACCGCAUGUUGAAACAUUCGGAUGUCGACGCGAAUUACCGCACAAGCAUCAGGGGUUUAGCGCUCCACGCAGCGGUACUCUUUAGCCACUCCGGCCGACGAGCGCGCUCCUCAGCGACCCCCACAUCGACGUAA